AUGGAGGAAUCGAUUAUCAAUGAUUUACCAGAUGAUCUGAUGUUGAAGAUAUUCUCGUUGCUUCCGAUGUUUAAAGACAGUGUUGCAAGUCGGCUCAUAUCAAAACGGUGGAAGGAUGGUUGGAAACUGGUGCCGGAUGUCAUUUUUGAUGAUCGUGAUAAAUCAUGUGGGAGUUUGUUGGCUUUCAUGAGUUUUGUUUACGGAUCUUUGUUGAUUAACAAGCCUCGAGUUCUGGAGAGAUUGCAUCUCAAGCUUAGCCGGAAGCAUUCGGCUUCAGACAUCGAUUUUUUGGUUAAUAUCGCGGUUGAUCGAUCUGUGAGAAAGUUAAGAAUCCAGCGGUUUGGAGAAACCCUAGAAUUGCCUAGUUGCUUGAGUACCUGCAUAACCCUAAGGUCAUUGAUACUCCAUGAAGUACGUAUCAAGGUUGUUCCGACUUGUCUUUUAUUGCUAUCUCUCAAAAGUCUGCACCUUUUAUCGGUUCAGUUCUCGGGAGACAGAUCUUUUGCAAGUCUUUUAGGAAGUUGCCCAAGUCUUGAAUAUUUGAUUAUAAACCAAACCCAAGUUGACAGUGCGAAGAUGCUUGAGGUUAUUGCGCCUUGGUUUCGUUUGCCAUCACUCAAAAGUCUGCACCUUUUAUCGGUUAAGUUCUCAGGCUACGUAUCUGUUGCAAGUCUUUUACAGAGUUGCCCGGUUCUUGAAAAUUUGGUUGUAAAACAAACCAAAUGUUGCAAUGUGAUGUUCAGGGUUGCUCCAUAUAGGAUUUUUUUGUCAUCACUUAGACGUCUGCACCUUUUUUCGGUCAAAUUCUUUAGCGGUGAAUCUGCUGAAUGUCUUUUAAGAAACUGCAAGGCUCUUGAAGAUUUGGUUAUACACCGAACCAAAGAUGACAAUGUGAAGAUAUUCAAUAUCAAGGUGCCUACUUUGAAGAGCUUGUCUAUUGAAAACUCAAGAAGGAAACACGCCUACGUUCAGGAGAGUCAUGGGUUUGUGAUAAAUGCUCCUGCUUUGGAGAAACUGAACUUUAAGGAUACAUUCAGUAACUUUCUAAUAUUUGAAUAUAUGCAUGAGGUGACCAAGGCGAAUAUCGAGGUUAUUUGCGACCAGUCUGAGAAGUUCAUAGGUUCUCUUACUUCAGUUCAACAUCUUUCUCUCUGUUGUCUAACCUCAGAGACUCCAUAUCCGAAAGGCAGAUUCUUCUUCUUUCUUGAACAUCUGGAGCUAUGUACAUGUUCUGCGGGAUGGGCGAAUCUACUUGCUUGUUUACUCGAUGACUUUCCACGACUUCAAUCUCUUAAGCUUAAGUCGCAACAUAGCGCCCGUUACAAUGAUCCGACGACGAACCUUUGGAACGAACCAACGGUUGUUCCAAAAUGUUUAUCGACGCAUCUCGAGAUCUUGGAAUGGAGACAAUAUGAAGGCACGGAGCAAGAGAAGAACGUGGCUGCGUACAUACUAGCAAACGCUCCUUGUCUAAAGAUGGCGACAUUCUCAACAAGAUGUAGAAACAAAUAUCAUCGCAUGCUCAGGAAGUUAAAGAAACUCAAGAGAGUUUCAGAGACAUGUCAGCUAGUGUUUGAGUAA